GCGAAGUCGAGUGAAGCGCUCAGGACAACUAUGAAACAAGUGGCUACUGACGUGAUGGGAACGAUGGUAAUCGACGACAUCACAAAUCCCUCCAAACCUGUGAAAAGACGCAUCGACGUAUUACUAAAGAUGUGUCGCAGUAUGAUGAGGGAGAAGGACCACGAGAUAUCCAUAUUAAAAGAACAAGUGGAGGAGUUGACAAAGAAGAACGUUCGAUUGAGGAAUGCUUUAGUCGAUAUGAAAGGAAAAACUAGAAUUGAUGCAGAAGAUUCUCCCGAAGAAACACCCACGAAUACUCCAGCACCAAAGUUGGUUAAAGAAGUUAAAAAGGUCAAAAGAAAACAAACAAAACGAACAGAAUCAAACGAAGUAACACGAGGCGCUUUCCCAAAACAAAUGAGACUUAAAGAUGAACCAAUUGAGAUGGAAAUUGAAAUUAAUGUAGAGAAACAACAUUUGAAUAAUGAUAACGAUAGGAACAAUCCUUCAGAACAGAUAGCACAAGAAAUUGACCCAUUGGUAAUAAAAGAGGAAAGAGAAAUGGAUUGUGAAGGGGAUAUUAGAGAUGUUGAGGCGAUGGAUGUACUACCGAUAUGUACUGAACAAAUGUCGUGUGAGAAAGCCAACCUAUCGCGUACUAACAUUAUUGUUCAAGAAACUAGUGGCACUGAAUUGUGGACAAUUAUCAAAGAAGAGGACGUGGACUUAUCAGAAUAAUAGAUUGCACUAAUAUAUACUGUAUUUGUCUGAAAUUACAUGAUAAGAUCCGACGAUGAUGUCUUAUUCCUCGGGAAUAGCAAUGUAUAUCUCACCUUACAACCGAAGUAGCUUACAAAGCAAGCUGCUAGAAAACGGAGAAAAUGUGGGAACAAGAAAGAAAAUAGUGGAAAAUAAACCAGAAGACGUGUAUAAUGAAGCAUAAAGGUUGAAUAUUGUUAUGAAAAGAACUGAUAUUAUCUCGAUGCAGUUGUAUAAUGGACUGUAUUAUUACGACAAUAAGAUUAUGAGCAAGAGAUUGAUAAUUUAGAACGCAUUCACCUUGUACUGUGAGGAUUGCUAGUUUGGUUUCAGCAAGGCUUCUCAGAACUUCGGGCUCGUCCGAAGUUACCUUUUGAACGGAUUGCUUGUUUACCGCUAAAACUGACAAUAAAUGCCCACUGUAAAUAAACUAAGAAUAUAUAUAUUCACGACUAAUUUAUUAAACAAAUAUGCGUCAAAUGAAAUAUCAACAAUAUAAUUGUUGAAAAUUACGACAACGAUAAUGCAAACUCUUUUUAAAAGAAGAAGAAAAAAGAAGCUUUCCAUUAAAAAUUAGGUUUUUUGUAGUCGA